CUCGAAGAGCUAUAUUGUGGUCCAGAGGAUGGCGCGAUCUCCACGCAUGCGACCCUGUGGCAUGGAAUUGGUGUCUUCGGGAGGCAUUGCGGCGUCCCGUCAAGAUCAGUUCAGAAGUCCUACAUCCAUAGAUCAUCCAACAUCCAUAUGGGUCAGGCAGAUUCCAGUUUCCAGCUGAUAUACAUCCUGUGGCGUUAGCCAGAGAUGAUCAGAACACACUGCUGUGUUUCUAGUUUCUACUACCACCAUCACGACCACAGAAUACCAUCGGCCGAAGAGGACGACACAAGCAGUCACUAGUUACCAUGGCAACGACGUGUAAAUCGGCGGUGCCCAACCGCAGAAGGGAUUUGCAAGCGACAACCAUGCAAACGGCCGAUCAUCGAGAGACCUGGGGCAAAAAAGUCGAUUUUCUUUUGUCGGUGAUCGGAUUCGCUGUGGACCUGGCCAACGUUUGGCGGUUUCCAUAUCUUUGUUUUAAAAAUGGAGGAGGUGCCUUUCUUGUUCCGUAUUGUAUUAUGUUAGUUAUUGGAGGAAUACCACUGUUUUAUAUGGAACUUGCAUUGGGACAGUACAACAGAAAGGGAGCAAUAACAUGUUGGGGUAGAUUAUGUCCAUUAUUCAAAGGCAUCGGAUAUUCGGUAGUUUUGAUAGCAUUCUACGUUGAUUUCUACUACAAUGUUAUUAUAGCUUGGGCUCUUCGGUUUUUCUUUGCCUCUUUUACUGAUAUGUUGCCAUGGACCACGUGUGAUAACGAAUGGAACACCCCGAACUGUAGACCGUUCGACUACAACCAAAAUAGAAACAUAACCCAGAAUAUUUUGUUUUACAAUAAGUCGUUAGUUAACGAAUCUUCAGACGCAACUUUAGCUUCAGCUGCCUCGGAAUAUUUCAAUCGAGCUAUACUGGAACUUCACCGAAGCCAAGGCCUCCACGAUCUUGGCGCUAUAAAAUGGGACAUGGCACUAUGUCUCUUAGCUGUUUAUGUUAUUUGUUAUUUUUCACUAUGGAAAGGUAUAUCUACUUCGGGAAAAGUGGUUUGGUUCACAGCGUUAUUCCCCUACGUAGUUCUCUUAAUACUUUUUGUCAGAGGAAUCACUUUACCGGGCUCGGCUGAAGGUAUUAAGUACUAUCUGAAACCCAAUUUCAGUGUGAUUUCGUCAGCUCAGGUUUGGGUGGAUGCAGCAACUCAAGUUUUCUUUUCAUUGGGACCAGGGUUCGGAGUAUUGCUAGCGUACGCUUCUUAUAAUGAAUAUCACAAUAAUGUGUACAAAGAUGCUCUACUGACCAGUUUUAUCAAUUCGGCGACAAGUUUUGUAUCCGGUUUCGUAAUUUUUUCCGUUUUGGGCUACAUGGCUCACGCUGCAGGCCGCUCUAUAACGGAAGUGGCAACCGAGGGACCAGGGUUAGUUUUUAUUGUUUAUCCUGCAGCCAUAGCCACGAUGCCGGGCAGCAUUUUUUGGGCUUUGAUCUUUUUCAUGAUGCUGCUCACUUUAGGACUGGAUAGUUCGUUUGGGGGAUCAGAAGCUAUAAUAACGGCUUUAAGCGACGAGUUUCCGAAAAUUGGACGUAACAGAGAAAUAUUCGUAGCCUGCCUAUUCACGCUGUAUUUUUGCGUUGGUUUGGCCUCGUGUUCUCAAGGUGGCUUCUAUUUUUUCCAACUUUUGGACAAAUACGCCGCGGGAUAUUCCAUGCUGAUUGCCGUACUCUUUGAGGCAGUUGUUGUCUCCUGGAUUUACGGAACCCAAAGAUUCUGUGACGACAUCGAAGACAUGAUUGGUUUCGCUCCCGGCAUUUACUGGAGGUUCUGUUGGAAGUUUGCCGCACCCUUGUUCCUAUUAUUCAUCAUAUUCUACGGCUUGUGGUUCUACGAACCCUUAACCUACGAAAACUACGUUUAUCCUACGUGGGCCAAUGUAAUCGGUUGGCUCAUAACUGGCUCAUCGGUAAUAAUGAUUCCUACAAUAGCUAUCAUUCAAUUUUUAAUUACACCUGGAUGCUGUUCUAAGCGGCUGAAAAUUUUGACGACACCAUGGAGAGACACUCAGAUCAAUACCCAAGCCAAUGGAGUAGUUCAGUCUGACAGUACGCAAGUGAGAUUAUCCUCGAUGGCAGAAACUCCAACGGAUCAGAAGCCGGUCGAAGUGUGAGAUAAAAAAAUGCCAAAAUUUACCGAAUAUUAUGUAUGACAUUAUGACAUUAUACUAUAAUCUAUAUACCCACCAUGCGUUUUUGUUGUAACUACAUGUUUUAUUGAUACAUUGUUCCAAUCUAAUUAAAGCAAGUACCUCUAUAAUUAAUACAAUAGUUAAAAGUUUUUUACCUUUUAAUUUUGUUACUAAUAAAUGGAGAAAUUAAGAUAAUUAAAUUAAAAAAGUAUAGUAGCACACCACGUAAAUAAGUAUAUAUUAUGUAUAGACAAAAUAGGGAUUAGUUUAUGUUGUUUCAUGUUUAUAUGUUGUAGUUAUAGGCAAUUGUAGAUAGAAGAAUCGUGUUUAAAAUUUAAAAAAAUAUAUUUGCCGCUAGUCAAAUGAAAUGGACCAAAAAGGCACGAUUUUUUUAUUUUAAAAGUUAUAUACUUCCGUGUUUGCUAUAUUUUAUUUUUUUGCAACAAGAACUGUGAAAAAAUGUCUAUACCUAUGUGACGGAUUCGUCUAUCCAAAAAAGUCCUACGGGUAUUUUUUUUUACUUACUAAAUAUGAAUGUUACUUUGUUUAAUCUAUUUUACUAUAGCUCUUUGCUUAUUUUCUUUUUGAUAUAUGUACCGGCAUUUUUAUCAAGUAUUUUUUUAGAUUAAAUUUCUCAUUCUGAUGAUUCUGAAAAUUGGAAACCCUAAUUGUAACGUUUUUCGUCCAAUUUCCAAAAUUUUCCUCAUUUUUACAAUUCAAAGCAAAUUAAUUACAAGAAUAGACCAGGGGUUUCUCCAGUGGUCAACUACGACUGACAAAAUCCAGAUUUAUCCUCCAGUACUUUCUUUACUUUAUAAUAAUGCUAUACAGGGUGUCCCAGAAAUAAGUGCAAGUGUUUUAAGGGGUGGUAGUUCU